AUGUCGAAAAGAGUUACAUCGAAGCCAACUGUAUCAGAUAGUAGCGAUUCCGAUGAAGAAGAGGUAGGCGCUUGUAAGAAAGAAUCAGUUGAUUGCACAGUUUACAAGUUGUAAACUCAGGGUUUUAUUUUUCAUCUUGGCUACAUUUUCUGUCUCAGAUCAAACCAAGAAAGAACAAGCCUAAGAAAUCGAAAAAGGAGAGUGGCACCGAACAUACAGAGCCGGGUGUGUUUGAGGUUAGUUAAGACGUUGUAAUACGUAGCAAUGCUUGCGCUGUCCAUCGUACGUAACAUCGAACUAAGUGGGAUUUUUUGAAACUACUGCUAUUUGGCAAACAGUUAAAAUUUUUCUAAUCGUAAGAAGAGAGAUUGAUUUUUAGAUUUGGGUGGAAAAAGGUUGGAUUUCCUUUCCCUCUUCUUGCCUCACGUGAAGGCAUCGCUGAGCGAAGGUAUGGCUUAGGGAAGAGAGGGUGGGGUGGGGUGGGGGAGUUUUGCGUGAGAAAUUGUAUGCGUUUUGAGGUUUAGGGAUUAGGGUGACUUAAAAAUGAAUAGAAUUGUUAUAUUCUCGCCCAAAUCUAAGACAAGUAGAAAGUGGAAGUUAUUCUAAAAUUCCAUCAAAAGCAUGUGCUAAGGAUCCCAAGGUAGGGCUCACUGGGUUUCAAUUGAGUCUCUUAACCUUUUUGAUGUCAACAUUCAGGGAAAUGUUCGCCAAGUAGAUGUCUUUGAUGGCAUGAGUGAGGUGAUCUAGCAUGUUACACCCAAGGUUAACUAUCAUACACCUUAGGCAGAUUCUAUAACUAAACACAGUUUUUUUUGGUGCUGUUUUCCUUUUUCAGUUAACUAACAAACGUAGAGUAACUGUGCGAGAGUUUAAAGGCAAAAUCCUGGUUGACAUUAGGGAGUUCUAUGAAGAUAGUGCUGGUGAAAUGAAGCCAGGAAAAAAAGGUAAAACAAGAAUAUGGAAUCUGAGUAGCUCAGAACCAGUUGUGACUGUCUACUGAAAGAUAAAAAUCCAAGAACAAAAUUAAGCUCAAAAUGUCUUAAGAUUUAAAUGGUGCUUUUCAUUAUUAGGGAUAUCACUGCAGCUGGAUCAGUGGGAAACUUUGAAGAAUCAUAUAGCUGAUAUUGAUGAGGCAAUAGAAGAGAUGAAGUAAUAUUUGUUAGUACAAGGUACUGUGUUUGAAAUCAGCCAAAUGGCUCAUCAUUAGUGCUUUAGAAGGCUUAGCCACUGAUUAUCUUGAUAGGAGUUAACAAUCCUAGACAGCUGAAAGACUUAAAAAGGAAUAAAAAUAGGGACUAAAACUAUUCAACUCAAUUCAAGUGCUAAAUUAACAUGUAAUUUUGUUUGUGUUUUUUAUUUUUUUUCCAGGUCUUAUAUCACAGCUCAAUGUGAUAUUGAUGUCAACAAGUCUGGAUUGAUACCUAGAUUAUCACCUCUUUCAUUUUAAGACAAUUUUCAAAAAGUGUAUCAAAUGUUGUGUUUCACAAUUUGUUUUGUUCACGUAUUGAAAAAUCCUCUUAUUGUGACCUUGGAUGGCAUGUGGCCGAUUUUGGUUCUAAAUAAAAAAUGUUAAACCAAUAAGUGGACAGAUUUUGCCAUAACUUACACUCACUGUUGUCUACCUCAUAUUCAGCACUCACACCUUUGGGGUCAUAGGUUACUUAGAUGCUACACACUCUUGAAAGCCAAGGAGUAUUGAAAUCUUAAAAUCCCAUUAUUAGACCUUGCAUGUGUAUGGGAGGAGGGCAAAAAACUUGAGCAUCAAAGGUACUCCUUCCCUGAUCUAUUCAAAAUUGACCAUUUUUUCCUGCAUCAAAAAAUUUGUUACUGCUCCUACACUUCUUUGGUUAAAACAUUGUCAAAACAUUGAAGAUGGUAGUUCAGGAGGUGAUUUAUGCAUUAUUUUCCUAAUAUUAAAUCCUAAUUUAAAGCUAAAUGUCAGUUUUGGGGAAAGACUUGACAGAAAAAGUAUAAACCUUGUUGCAAAGCUGUAAUAUGGAAUAAAAAAUAACUGAAUAUUUUUAACUUAUACUCUGGUUUAGAGAAUUUGUUUUGAACAGACCAGCUUAAAGGAGCACAUGCAAUUGAUCUGUUCAGAUCUAAUGAUAAAAUUUAUUGACAGCCCUGUCAGUAACUGAGGUCCAUAAGUAAAAUACUGUUAAAGGAAUACAUAAAUAAGCACUGUUGUGUUGGAAUCUUGUACAAAGACUAAAAGUGCAAUGAAAUGAUACAUAGUCACGACAUUUUAAUCCACGAUUGUUUGAAUUGACACGAAUGUCACGCCAAAAAAGUUAAUGUUCUACUGAGGAAAUAACCGCUGACCACCUACUCUUGUUUUUUUGAAAUUUCAACGGUAAGAAGAGCGGUAUGAACAUGGCAGCUUCUAUCGAGUUUAGAGUGCCUCAAAACAAUCCAAUAAGAGCGAACCUGCGAGCAAAGAAAAAGCUGCCGCAGAAAACGCGAUCGAAGGGACAACUUGAACAUCGAUCUUCUGCAAUCUUGCCAUUUUCGGCUUGGGUAGAACCGCAUCGUGGACCAACUCAUGGAAGCUCACUUGGAGCCCGUGAAGAGGAACUCCGACUCAGAAAAGUUGUACAAGAAAAAGAAGAAAGGCUCAAAGAAUUCCAACAGGUGGUAAAAGCGAGAGUCAGAAAUAUUGAGCAUAUGAAACGAGAGGAGCAACAUGGCAUGUCGAUGGAGGCUUUUGAAGUGGAGCGCAAUGUUGUGCGCCAAAGUUCUUUACCAAGUACUAUCAGACGGGACAAUUGUGUUUAUCGCGACCAAUCUGAGCUCAAAAUCCAAAGGAGCGUGACUCGAGAUUUCACAGCAGUAGAUACUGCAAGUCAGCUAUUGGAUGAACAUGCGAAAAAGAUCAGAAAUUGCUCGAAACAUGCGAGGAAGGUUCUCAGUUCCAAAAGUCUUGGAGCAGAAGUUGAGCACUAUAGUAAACUCCUUCCUGGAGGCUUGUGGCGGACGUCUCCAACUAAAGAUCAUGGUUUAUCCAGGCAGCCAGUUUCUAACUCAGAACAACAAAUUCUCAGUAGUGAUUCAUUAAAAGAAAUCGGUGAUUAUUGGAUUGGAGAAAAUGCCAUACAAGAUCAAAGUUUGGACAAUGAUCACUUCAUUCCAGAGAGAGGUCUGCCGGUAAGUGGAGACCAGGCAUCAUCUGAGAAACAUGUUCACUUUAAACAUGGCGAGAAUGCAGAGAUUGAAAACCAGGACUGGAAAAGCCAGCUUCAAAAGAUUGAUGAUGCAUCGGUCAAGAAAAAAGACAAUUAUGUUGAAAUGCUCUUACAGCCCUCUAGGCUUUUGGAAGAAAAAAGGGCACAUGCAAAAUCUCAAGUUGCUGUGUAUAGGAGGCUGUUUAUGGACAUUGAAAGGGAGCAAGUGAGGGAAAACAUUCGAAUGAGGGAGCAUCGUAAAAGAAUGGAAGCUCUGAAAGUUGAAAAGGAAGUUGAACGCCUUGAGGUAGAGCAACAGGAGGUCGAAAAGCUAAAAAUGCAAAGAGUCAGAAAAGAAGAGGAGUCUUUUCUCAAAGCUCAAAAGGAAAAGAAAAAGGAAAUGGAUUUGGUUAGGAGACAAAAAAAACUUCAAAAAGAGAGGGAAACAGAGAGAUACAUUGAAGCUCUACAGACUGUUUUAAGAGACAAGGCCCAAAGCAGGAACAUUGUUCUUCCCCCCUUGUGUUCCUGCGGGCUAACAAUCUGGGACACGAACCCUGAUACCUGUGCUAACAACUGUGUUUUUUAUAAAAACCCAAAAGCUUAUGCUAAAGCUUUGUCCACAGUACUGGCAUCCUCAAACCUUGAUUGA